AUGGCGACUUGUUCGACAUCCGGUGCUCCACCGGAGUAUGCGAAGGCGCCUACCCUUCGAUCUACCCAGAGCCAGAUGGCCAAUGGGCUGACUGUAGACCUCCUUGCUGCCGCACAGCGAGAGGCCAAUUUCCUGCGUAUGAUCGACCGGAAGGCGCCGCUUCUCUACGAGCCGGAUGUCGUGAAUCAGGCGAUACGGCGCUAUGAGCAAUAUUGGUUACCAAUGCAGGCGCGACACCCCGACAUCAACGUUAUUCCCCCACUGGAUGUUCAUUGGAUAUGGCACACCCAUAUGCUCAGCCCAACACAUUACCACGAGGACUGCCAGAAGAUUUGCGGGAAAGUGAUCGAUCAUAAGCUUCUAUCGUCGGAUGAGAUUCAGAAAAGAUAUGAAGCCUCCGUACGCGCGUGGGAUGAAUAUUGCAGCCCGGAACCGUACGACUUCCUCGCCAGCCCAACCCCAGCCGCCACCUAUGAACUCCAGUCCGGCUAUGACAUUGCCGCCGCCGUACAGCGCCAACGAAACUUCAACUAUCAAGUCUCACUACCACACUAUACGUCGACCAAAUUUCUUUCCGAAGCCGUCCGUCGUUAUAUUCAGUUCCUACUCCUCAAGCAGAGCUACCACGAUCAAUUCCUGACACCGUGCUACGAUUUCGACAUCAUCUGGCACACGCAUCAGGUCCACCCGCUCAAUUAUGAGCGGGAUUGUAUCGCAAUCUUUGGGAGCCUUUUGAAGCAUGAUGAUGGGGUAAACGACCGCUCGAAGGGAAGCAAACUGCUAAAGGGCGAGGCGGUGACGAAAAAGUUGUGGACCACACAUUUCGAUGAAGCCUUUUGGCGACGAGGCUGUAUGUAUCGCGGUCACAACGCGCCGGCUUUUCUUGGCUUCGAAUCGCAGGAUUUGUCGAAUAUCGCCUAUGGAGAUUUACACGUCCCUUCCAUUGCGCUAAAAGAUAUCCCCGUGCAGCGCGAGCAACUGCGGCUAAAACUCUGCUACGGCAACAAGAAGGUGACAACAUUCAACGCUGAUCUCUCCCAAAAACAAGUAACAAAAUCGGGCUUUUCCCUGGUUUGGCAGCCAACCGACAGCUCUUCCUCGGCUUCUAUCGUCAAGUUUCCGUUUGAGAGGAAAUGUUCGAAGGAUCUCUUCGUUGAGCUCGAGCUGUUCGACAAAAUGUUCCUGCAGAAGAAAGACCUGGUCCGGUUGAUUGGGCGCGUCUCGCUAGAUGAUCUCCUCCCCCAACAAACAGCAAAUCGGCGCACAACCGUCACGCUCAACCGAGAGCUUCAACUAUUGGCCGGCGAUUUUCAAGAAACCGCCCUGCAAGUCGAUACUCAUUUGUGGUUCCUCUGUCAGUGCGCUUCAUUGAAUCGGCAAGCCAUGCAACCUGGCGUCACUGUCCAUCUAGCAACACACACAGUAAUGGAUACGCGGGAUGGAACCAAAUUCACCGUACAAGUCGUCCAUUCCGCCCCGCUACUACUGUCAAUGAUCCUGGUGUAUGGCCGAGAGCAACGGCUGCUUUCUAUGGCUCACCUCAUUGGAGCGGAUAGUUUGCCCAGUCGCGAGCAGCUUGAUAAUAACUUGCAAUUCCUACCUCACCUGUCGUCACCAGAAGAGCGCGCCUUUGUCAUUGUCAAUCGCGAGGGAGAUUAUGCGAUUGUGAAAGGAAGAUGGACAGGAUUUGCGAGGAAACAGGAAACACCAAACGUCACCGUAAAAGGCCAAAAAUCGAAGCCCGGAAACCCGGGCCGCUUGCUUGUCGACGCGUUCAAUUUGCUGAAAAACACCGUGCAAAAGCUGGAAGUUCCAACGGCUGAGGGGAGCACGCUUUUUGUCAUUGGAGACGCGCAAGCUCGCCUUCCCGGCAAGCGAAUCGAGGUCCGCUCGACAGCCACCGCCGAGCACAUCGCCGCCGUGUUUUGCGUGUCGACCCUUUUCGUGCUGUGCAACCCGGAUAAAGUGCGCGCCCGGACCGAAGCAACAACCGUCGGCCACCAAGCCCAUAAAUGGCCCCUAACCCUGGCGUGUGGAUAUGGCAAACAACUGCCAUCCAACCGUAUCAUUGCCGCCGGUGACUACGGCGGUAUCGAGAUGGCGCCGUUAAUGGCAACACUAUGUGGAGGAGGCGGAGGUGGAUGCGACGGUGGUGCUUGUGGAGCGAAAAUGGAGCAACAAACAAAAACCCAGCCAACCCAACCAAUGGCCAUCCCUCAAACUUCGGAGAAACCGACGGAAAAGCCCACGUCGACCUGCUCGCUGUUGGCCGACCCAGAGACACGGAAACGCAUUGAAGAGGUGUUUCUCUCACACGCCCAGCUGACGCCACCCGACGAGUUUGGCGUUCGCUACGUCUACGUCGGGGCCCAUGAU